CAGGCAGAGUGCGGCGGAGGCCUCUGUCGCUGCCGUCAUGCCGUUCCCUUUUGGGAAGUCUCACAAAUCUCCUGCAGACAUCGUGAAGAACCUGAAAGAGAGCAUGGCUGUUCUGGAAAAACAGGACAUUUCUGACAAAAAGGCAGAAAAGGCUACAGAAGAAGUUUCCAAAAACCUGGUUGCCAUGAAAGAAAUUUUAUAUGGCACAAAUGAGAAAGAGCCACAAACAGAAGCAGUGGCCCAGCUUGCUCAAGAAUUGUAUAACAGUGGGCUCCUUAGCACCCUGGUAGCUGAUUUGCAGCUCAUUGACUUUGAGGGCAAAAAAGACGUGGCUCAAAUUUUCAACAAUAUCCUCAGAAGACAAAUUGGUACAAGAACUCCUACUGUUGAAUACAUCUGCACCCAACAGAAUAUUUUGUUCAUGUUAUUGAAAGGGUAUGAAUCUCCAGAAAUAGCUCUAAAUUGUGGAAUAAUGUUAAGAGAAUGCAUCAGACAUGAACCUCUGGCAAAAAUCAUUUUGUGGUCAGAACAGUUUUAUGAUUUCUUCAGAUAUGUUGAAAUGUCAACAUUUGACAUAGCUUCAGAUGCAUUUGCCACAUUCAAGGAUUUGCUUACAAGACACAAGUUGCUCAGUGCAGAAUUUUUGGAACAGCAUUAUGAUAGAUUUUUCAGUGAAUACGAGAAGCUACUUCAUUCAGAAAAUUAUGUGACAAAGAGACAGUCACUGAAGCUUCUCGGUGAACUACUGUUAGACAGACACAACUUCACAAUUAUGACGAAAUACAUCAGUAAACCUGAGAACCUGAAACUAAUGAUGAACCUUCUACGAGACAAAAGUCGCAACAUCCAGUUUGAAGCCUUUCACGUUUUCAAGGUGUUCGUGGCCAACCCCAACAAGACGCAGCCCAUCCUGGACAUCCUCCUCAAGAACCAGACCAAGCUCAUCGAGUUUCUCAGCAAGUUCCAGAACGACAGGACCGAGGACGAGCAGUUCAACGAUGAGAAGACCUACCUAGUUAAACAGAUCAGGGAUUUGAAGAGACCGGCUCAGCAGGAAGCCUAAUUUCCAAUAAACACCUCCAGUGUCAAACCCAGAUUCAGCUUCUGCUGUUAGCUGUUCAGCAUCAGGCACCCUUACCAGUUCAUGAGGAACUUUACUGCUAAUCUGCUGUUAAUGAACGGUUUUCAUUUUACCAUUUUGUGUUUCGGUCCAGGUUGGAGAAAGUAGCUGCUGCCGCUUGCACACUAGAGCCACGGGCUUCCUCUUGAUCUUUGUGUUGUUUCCGAGUUAAUGGACUCCGCGCUGGGAGUUCUGCCGUGGGGCACGUGGUGGGAUGGAGGGUGAGUGUGGGUGGGGCGGGGGCGUUGUGGGACAGGACAGGACAGGACAGGACAGCGUGCUUCGGCUUUGUGCCCUUGGGGGGACCCAUCCGUGCUCCCGCAGACCCCUUGCCUUCUCCAGAGGAGCUGCACCAACCCAGAGGGGCCGCUGUCUGCAACGCGAGCUUUGGGCAGGAUAGAAAGCUGACAUGCAAAUAAAUUGAUUUCCUAAACUUACAAACUUCUCAAGGGUGUGAAGCUUAAUAAGAUCAUAAGGAAAAUGUAUAUAUGCUUUUCACAGCUUUCUAGAACUUUCUGACGUUUGAUUUUCUUGAGACUUGUAAACCUGGAUAUGUUGAAGGGUAUUUGUUAAUUUUACUUUUCCAAGGUAUUUUAAAGCAGUAGAGCUAGCGAAGACACCUUGCAUUUCAUUUCAACACUGCUUACAGGUUUCUUUUGUAUAUAAUUCUUAGGAUGCUCAUUUCUUUUAAAAGAUUUAAUUUGUACAGCAGAGGAAUGUUAUUGUAGUAGUAUGUAACUAUUACCUAAUACUGAGUUUUUGCAAAAAAAGAAAAAAAGAAUGCUCAUAUGUAAUUGAAAUACUUCAGAUCACAUGAAAAUGCUGAUUUAACAUUUAAGGAUCACAGCAUUAAAAGGAAAAGUAAACCAAUCCUUUGUAUUCAGUUACCCGAUGGGUGCCCAUAGUAGGCGGCACCAGGCCUGGGCCUCCGUCCACUCCACUCUCCUGUGUAACCCUGGCCUCACGUGCUGAGGUGGAGUCGCCAGCCGGCCGGAUCUGUGGCUGAUACAGAUCAUGCUGAAUUAACGCUGAUUUGGGGGGUGGGGGGCCUCUAGCGCACCUUUUCUUUCUUGGAGUACGUAAUCCAUUACAGUAGUUGUGAAACCAAUGAAUUAAACCUUCACCUUCUCUUAGGAAGAAUUCCUAAUCCUAGGUGUCCUAUGGGGAAAUUUAUUUUUUUUUAAUGUCCUGUUCCUUAAUGCUGCAAAUUAUCAGUAUUUAUAAAGUACCUGAUUUUGCACCACUUUUUCGUUACUGUGACCACGGCAGAACAAUGUCUUCUGGACUAUAUCUGUGUAGUUAGAAUGGCAUCUGUUCAUCUUAGCGAUAUGAAGAUCACAAGUAACACCUUAGUAAUCAGAGUUUGCCAGUUUGAAUUCAGCAUGGCUGUAGCUGAUUAAGAAAUUUACAUAAUUAUUCUUUGCUAGCCUGUCUCACUAAUUGAAUUAUUUAUUGGCCAGUACAAUGAGCCUCCCAGCUGAUGAUCUUUAAGGAACACCAGUUAGGAAACCUCUCCAGAAAACAGAUUUUGCUGUGUAAUUUAAGUGGCAGUCCACAGUGAUUGGUUUUUCUGAAGCUGUCGUCACAGGAAUCUUCAGUGAAAUAAUCCAUGUCCCCUACUGGAAGUAGGGAAAGCAUUCGAUCCCCUCGAGGAGCUCUUCAGCUGGUGGGGGCCAGACUCACCCCAUAAGCACGGUGGGCUGUGGUCUGCGCUGUGCUCCGCCCUGCGAGCUCUAGGCCCCUGCGUUGAACCAGCACAGUGAAAGCUGAAGGCGAUGAAGGCUGUCUGAUCUUUUGUUUUUAAACCAAUAUGAAAAGAUUCCAAAUUUGAAAAUUGCAUUUGAAGUUGUGAUCAUUUGAUAUCUUCACAUUGCCAAAAUCGUUGUGCUGGAAGUCGCUUCUGUUUGUGUUAUAAAGGUUAAAUUUUACUGAAGUUACUUAAUGAGAUUUUUUUAAACCCUUUAAAGCAAAAAGUGGGGAUGUAAACAAUUAUUAAAGCAUUUCCUUUCUCCUUAGGAAGAGUAAAUUUCUUAUCAGAAUACCUGGCUGGCCCUGUAAUUUAAAUUAAAAUAAAAUUUUGGAGAAACA